AUGUUUAAACAUUUGCCUGCAUCCUGUUACUUACAGUUGUCUCUGGUACUGUUUAAACAUUUGCCUGCAUCCUGUUACUUACAGUUGUCUCUCGUAAUGUUUAAACAUUUGCCUGCAUCCUGUUACUUACAGUUGUCUCUUGUAAUGUUUAAACAUUUGCCUGCAUCCUGUUACUUACAGUUGUCUCUUGUAAUGUUUAAACAUUUGCCUGCAUCCUGUUACUCACAGUUGUCUCGCGUAAUGUUUAAACAUUUGCCUGCAUCCUGUUACUUACAGUCGUCUCUCUUAAUGUUUAAACAUUUGCCUGCAUUCUGUUACUUACAGUUGUCUCUCGUACUGUUUAAACAUAUUCCUGCAUCAUUCCCUCUUAAAGUCGUCUCUCGUGUUGUUUAA